UGGUAGGCCCUCACACAUUUCCAUGCAUGCACGAGGAGAACAUGCAAACGUCACACAGAAGUCUUGAUAUGGAGCAUGUCCUUUUCACUAUAAGGUGAGGUAAGUGCUAACCACUGCACCUCUGUGCAGCCUACAUUUGUAAAAAUGGCUCUAAAAUGGGGAUAUUUUGUGAUUAUAUUCAGUUAGCGAAUCAGAAAACAACAGCAACAUUUGGAAAAAACAGCUUAGAGAUACUUUGAGAGCUUUUUUAAAAAAUAAUUCUAUAUGCAGUUUCACCUCAUCCAUUAAUUUUGACUCCAGUCAACCAGAUGCCACACAUGCAUUCAUCAAAACCAACUUUCUAAGCUUUUCAGAGAAGCCUUUAUGGUAAAUAGGACCAAUAUUUCCUUAAGUAACAAGUAACACUUCACAUGGGACGUCAGUUAUAAGAAAGAAUGUAAACAAAACAGGUAUUUCUGUCAGUGGAUAAUAAAUUAUAAAAAGUACCGCCCAUUCCAUAUAAAGAUGAAAUGUGUCAUGUUACAUAUACUUUGUGUUUCCACUAACCCUUGAAUGGGCGUGAGCAAGUAGAGUAAACAUGAAUCAGCGUCACAAUGUUAAGUAAGGACUGUCUGCUGUUUGGCAACUGGGCUAAUGUGAAACUGGACCAAGAAAAGUCAGGCUUAAGAUCCCUUCUCCACUGAGAUUCCCAAUGGAAAAAAGAACUUUGGCUUUAGGGAACUUGAUCAAGGAGCGACGCCCCAAGAAGGGAACCCUCGACCCUCGAAAGUGGAUGAGCCAAAAGAAUGCCAGCGAGUUUGAUGACUUCAUGCACACCAAGGCUUCAGACGAAGACACGGACAACGGCUUCAACGACGAGGAGAUGUUGCUGGAAGGAGAAAAGCAGUUUAUAGAAGCAGCCAAGAGAAAUGACGUGGCGUCCAUGAAGGUUCUUGGAAAAGGUCUGAAUGCAAAUGCAAAGAAUGCGCAUGACAGAACUGCGCUUCACUUUGCAGCAGCCGGCAGAAAGAGCGAAGCUGUUCAGUUUCUUCUGCAGCGCAGGGUCAAGGUAGAUCAGAAGGACAAGUAUGGCAUGACACCCAUUCAUCUAGCUUCCUGGUUUGGCAGUUUAGAGAUCCUGAAAUUGUUAGUUCAGGCUGGAGCUGAGCAAAAAGUUGAGAAUGAGGAUGGACUGAACAUCAUGCACUGUGCUGCCAUCAACAACCACACGGAAAUUUUGGAAUAUAUUGUCAAUGGCCUGCAGAUGAAAGAACUAGAUAAAGACGAUCAGCUAGGGCGUCGGCCUUUUGCAUUAGCAGCAGAGCAUGGCUGCGUUGAAAUGUUAAAGAUACUAAUGGAGCCCUAUAACAUGGCCACCAUGAAGCCCAACAAGAAAGGGGACACGCCUCUGCACUUAGCUGCCAGGAACGGCCACUUGGAGGCCGUCCAGCUACUACUGCAGAGCUUUGAUACUCGGGAUGAAGUCAAUAUGGAUGGCGAGACAGCUUUGUACCAGGCAGCACACAACAACCAGGAACAGUGUGUUCUGGCCCUGCUGGAGGGGGGCUGUGACCCCAACAUCAUCACAGCGGCCAAAUGUAACGCUCUUCACCCCGUUUCGGAAAGAGGAGAGGCUUCUCUAGUUCAGCUCCUCUUACAAUACAAAACUGAUGCUGACGUUCAAAAUCAGCACCUGGAGGCUCCGCUUCACCUGGCAGUGAGGAACAGUCGCAUUCCUGUAAUCCAUUCUCUUCUUGCAGCAGGAUGUAACAUCAAUCUCACUGAUAAGAGAUCCCAGACCGCCAUGCAUUUUGCCGCAGAACUUGCCCAAACUGAACUUGUGGAGAUGCUUCUAAAAGCUGGAGUUGAUCUGACACUCCAGGACAAACAGGGUAAGACGGCUCUGGGUGUUGCAGCCAGAGCAAACAAGGUGAUUAUUGUGGACAUGAUCAUCAAAGCAGAGAGAUACUACGCCUGGAGAAAGGCCCAUCCGGAACCUAAUGAAAGGGUUUGCAGCGAGUAUCCGCUAACAUUUAAACUUGACCACCGCCAUGAGACAAAGCAUCUCCGUUCAAUGGCCUGGCGCCUUGCUCAUCAGCUCCUGAAAGCAGGAGACUGGAAGAGACUGGCUGAACACUGGAAUUUCACCAAGGAGCAAGUUUCUGCUAUUGAGGAGCAGUGGACAGGUCAGCACAGCUAUAAGGAACACGGCCACAGGAUGCUGCUUAUCUGGCUCCACGGGGAGGAGCUGGCUCAGAGGAAUCCAGCUAAAGAACUGUACCAGGACCUGAUCACCUCUGGGAACAGGAAAGCUGCAGAUAAGAUUCGGGAGGAGGCGGAGCACAGAGGCCGCAAGAGCUGCAGCAUUUCAUGAGAAACUGCUGACAUGUUGCACCUUUUUAACAACUGAAGAACACACAGUCUGCAAUAAAAAAGAUUUAUUUUUAAAA